UGAUCAGCGACGGAGAAUACACAGCGUUGUCUCUGCUGCAAGACACCAAUCUCGGGACAAAGCUUAGACCAAUUCCCUUGUCCUUCACUCCUUGCCCUAUGGGCUUGUAGAGAGAGAAUUUGAUUCACACAGAGACAGAUUGUGUGUGUAUUCUCAGCAAAGAGAAAUUAUGAUCUGUAUAUAUAUUUUGAAUGACAACCCCUCCAUCCCUCUUGUCUCUCACUAUUCAUUCUGCCAUCCAUAAUCUCUCUCGUAUUUCUGAUCUCUCCUUUCUCCCUGAUCAUAUCGUCCUCGACCUUUUCCUGCAGGAAACUUUAAGAGCUGGAAAAUUAAACGAGAGAAUUUUAAAGUUGUUUGUGGCAAGUGGAAAAGAUGAAGUUCUUUUGCUCAUUGAGGCAUUCAAUAUCCAGCAAGUUGUCACCCCUGUUCUUCCUACCAGGUGUUCAGAAAAAUUCUAGGAUUCAAU